AUGGCGACUGGGUGCUCGAGCUCCGCUACAGUUAUAUUCGUCCGGGAUGAAAUUGUUCGACUGACAGCACGGAUCAAGGAACUCGAGAAGGCUGCAAACGUUCCGCACACAGACUCGGAAACGAUGACCGACGCAGUGCAGCACGCUCCACCAGUUUCUCAAAGCCCAACAACACUGGAUCCUGUUGAUCCUAAUCAGAGGACAGGUGAACAGGUAAUUGUUGCAGCUCGAUCAUCUCCGCAAGCAGCUUCACCCGCUAUGCCGUUAUCUCCAGUGCACAGUUUACCUGACCAGCUUAAUGGCUUUGCUUUAAACAAUCACGGUACUCAGAUGACAAUGUCGACGCCGAUGCUAACGUCCCCGCUUUGCGUGUCGGUGGAAUCGAAAGUGACUGGGCAACCGAUGUAUCUUAGUCAGGAGGCUCUCAACCACAUGCAGGCAUGCCAAAACGAAGCGUUCAUCUGGAGAACGAAAGCCGCACAACUGGAGAUUGUCGUCAAAGAUCAAAUGGUAAAAGCAAACCGCAUUGAGGAGGCUUUACGGGCAGAGCUGAUGGCGGCUCGGGCAGGCCAGAUACCGGUUGAUGAAGUCCCGAAGACAUCGACGGCUUCCGGGGAAGAGCUUGUCGUGGACACUCCCACAAGAGUCUCGCCCGUUUCGUUUGAAUGCAACACACCAUCUUGCAUCGAAAAGAAGAAAGAACUAAUGCAGGAGAAUAGUCGACUACUUGAACAGGUAGAAGAGGUAAAUACAAGAAUUCAUGAGUUGGAAGAUGAUGUGACGGCUUUACGGCACGAUCUUGAAAGCGUUGAGGAACACCGUGAUCGCUUGAAACAACAGUUGGACGCCGCUACGAAAGAACGUGAUUCAAAAACUGCUGAGGUCGCCGCAUGUGACGUCAUCACACGACAUCAGAAUGAGAAGGAUACGAUGCAGAAAGCGAUUGCCUACAUGGAAGAACGAAUGCAAGUCUACCAGAAUACGCUCAUGGAGCAUGAUCUUGUCGUCAGCGAUGAGAACAGCAAUGAUUGGCGGAAAGGCUUCGUGGAUCCGAGAUACAACAUUAUGCUUUCCAAACGGGUUCAAACGGACCUCACUUCGGAUGAUCUGACCAGACAUGAGACUGAGUUCAUGACCACGAAAAGGAAGCUCACAGAGUUACAUGAAGAGUUCACCACAAACCGUUCGGAUCUCCACGGUCGAUUCGAAGAGAUCGAGAAGAUUCUUCUCACAAAAACUCAACUCGUUGAAACCUUAUCAAAGCAGCUUGAGGAUACAUGCCGAGAUCAGCGUCAGCAAAUCGAUUCCCAUCAAGACGAAAGAGAGGCCUAUAAAAAGUGUGAGAAGAGCGAGUUUGAACUUCGUUUUUCCGCUCAACGAGAAGAAAUGGAACACGCUCUUGAAGAGGCGUUGAGCGAAGCGUUGGCGAAAUACAAGGAACAGACAGAUUACUGGACCAACAAGCAUGCUGCUCUAGAGCAAACUCUUGAACGGGCCAAACAAGAAGUUGCUAUGCAUAUCAAAGAAAAAGAGGACAUGAAAAUCAAAUCGAAACUUGAACUCGCUGACCUUGAACGUCGUCUUACCAGCAGUAUUGAUCAUGUGGCUAUGUUGAACAGCCAGAUGAACAAAAGCAAGCGAGAUGUGGAAUGUGAAGCUCGCCCGAGACACGUCAGCAAAUAUGUGGCUUGCAGGCCAAACUCCAGAAGUAAAUCCACAACGAUCACAAAGGGUGAAUUAUUCGACGAGAAUGAAGAAAGAUUGAAGUUGUGUCAAGGUGAAUUGGCGACGACGAGGAGGCAGGUUCAUGUACUUCAGCAAAAACUCAUCACCGUCAUGCAGGAGAAGGCUGAUAAACGCGUUCAAAUCCGUCGCCGUAUCCCCUGUGUCGUUGAACGAGAACCGGAGCCACAGAAAGUGGACGUUGAAAAAAUCGAAGCACUUCAGACGAAGAAUGCCGAACUUCGUGAACAGGUGACCACAAGCGAGUCGCAUCUGGUGGCGGCCGAAGAGGAAAAAUCCGCACUGGUUCGUAGUGAACGUGAACGUAUUCGUCAUCUAGUCAGUGAGUUCGAGAAUGUCCGUCGUGAGCUGGACCAGGAGAUGAGCCGCUAUCAAUCAGAAAAGACAUGGUUGAAAUCACGCAUACACAAUCUUGAGACUGAUAACGAGGAGUUACAAAGGACUAUUGAAGCUAGAGCAGAAGGAAGCACUACGUCCAGAGACACAGGAUCAUUCAGGAAAACCUUGUCCGAACCAGAACUGGGCCAUGACGACGAGGAAACUGCUCGGCUACGUGCGGAAAACAUUACGCUCAAAAGGGAGCUCGAUCGAAUUCGUGAUUCACUACGUCGUACUGCAUCAGUUAUGGGUCGUGAUCGAAGUCACUUGUCGCCGGCAUUUGCCACACUUGCUGAUGAUCUGAAUGUGGUGAAAUCGGAUCUUGAGCAAAUCCUCAACUCGAUGGAGGGCGCAUCAUCCAGUACCUGUGAUAAGCUUGACGGCAUUUCGGCGUCACCAAUUCAUGGUCGAACUCCAAUCGAAGAUGAGGAACAAUUGCAAUCGAAUAUUCUUGAGACGGUUAUGAUGGGAUGGGAGGCGGACGAAAAGCAGAAUCUGGUUCGAGAUUUGAAGCGUUCGCGUCAGGAACGUGAUGUAAUGAAGACUCGCAUCGAGAGGCUUUCGCAUGAGUUGAGUGAAGCACGAGCGGAGCUUGAGGUGUAUCGUCGUGAAGGAGUGAUAGAACGUCAUGUGACUGCUGUUCGUGAAAAUGUUCCACAUGUGGUGCGCAGUAGUAGCGCGAGCAACCUCGCUUUCGACGUGAUUGACAAGGAUGAGAUCCGAAAGUGGAAAGAGAAAUGUGGUACGAUGUUCCGCGAGUUGAAUGCAAUGCGAUCUGGCUAUCGACGUGCUCAAGAGGAGCGGCGUGAACUGAAAAUUCAGUUGGCAAUGUUGCGUGGUGAACUGGAGAUGACACGGUGUCAGAGUGAGAGAGAUGCUGAUACGUCCAUGGAUUCGUCUGUGUACUUCUCGCCGUAUACAGCUCGGAGCAGGAGCUACCACGCUCCAAGUGAACUUCGCAGGGAAUCACGGAGUAGCGUGAUCAUUCAUCAAAAUCCGGCACCAUUCGAUCGUGGCUCUACUCGUGAGAGCGUCGUUUGCCGUAUUACCGCUGCCAAAUCUCAGAGUGGUGAACGAGGCCGGUCUCGAAGCGAACAACGAAGGAGGGCCACCUCCACAAGGAUUGACUUCGAGGCGAAAGAGCGACGACGGAGCGCUAGAACGAAUGUGCCUCCAUCGUUGUCUUCUUCGAUAACCUCGUUACCAGGCAAUCAUUUGGCCGAUACAGUGGCUCAAAUGCCAAGGCACUUCAUGACUCAGUCAUGGCAUGAAUCCAGCCAACAGCGUAGCGUAUUCUUUGUCGAGUCUAAGGCAAAAGCUCCUCAACCAGUUGAAAACCGCCGUGAAUCGCGUGUGAUAUCGUUGCGAGAACGGGUCGGACAGCUGUCGAGGGAGAAUCGCACACUUCAUGAGCAGCUAGCCGCUGCCAAUGCAACAAUUGCUAGCAAUAAAGCAGCUGCAUCUAAAACAAUUGAUGUUGAACGCUUGAACAGGCUCGAACAAGAGAAAGAUGCAUUACGUGGGAAAAUCGAGCUGUUGCUAGCCAAAAUUGAACAGGACUCCUCCAACGCCUGUUCCGCUCUGGCGGAUCUUAAUGCUAGAUUAGAGCUGAGCCGUCAAGAGAACACAAUCUAUGAGAAGAAGCUUCGAGAUUUGGAGGAGGAAAGAAGGGAGAUGUACUUAGUUAUGUUCAAGAAAGGCCAGGAAGCUGCUGCAAUGGAUAUGAAAGAGGUAGCACAAAUUGACCAAAUGACUCAAGAUCGUGUUGUGCUUCGGUUUCUUCACGAUGCCUUUUACUACUACUUGUUGAACAAAGGAGAUGCUAAGGAACACUUGCAGGCAAUCAUGACCAUGCUGGAUUUUAGUGCUGAACAGAAAGAUGAGGUGGCAAAAAAGCGAGGUCGAUCUCAUUGA